AUGCAUAAUAAUUAUCAGAGGUUGGAGUCGAGCUCUAGAUCAUUAGGCAGUCUGAGCAUGCAUCUCCCGGCGAGUCCGCCACAAUAUGACGAUAUUGACGAUGAUAGCAAUAUUCAAAGCACAGUCCACGAGUCCUCCUCGUCCUCGUCCUCGUCCGCUGCUGCUGCUGCUGGUGGUGGUGGUGGUGGUGGUGGUGUUUAUAUGGAACAAUUUGAAAUUGAAGAUCCGGCAGGAAUCGUACAACAAUCACUACUAAAUCGAGCCCAAACGGCCUCAAAAAAGUUUGCUAAUAAUAUCCAAACACGCAUUAUCCACCCCAUCAGCAAAAUGAUUGAUCCCAUAUAUGAAGGAUACAAAUUUCUACAAAUGCAGUAUGAAAAACUGAUACUCAAGAUUGGAAACCCAUUAGUCAUCAAACGACUAUUAUAUGUAUUAAUUAUGAUGCUUAUUGUGUUUGGGAUGUCAAAAUAUAAUACAAACGAUUCAGUCAACGGAGUGUCUGUGGGAGCGCUUUCUAGAGGCAAAUUUUACGAUAUGGAAAAACUUUCAAACACAAUUGGCCGUAUUAUUGAUGCAAAGUCGAUGAAGGAACAUUUGGAAUAUUUUUCCUCUAUCCCGCACAUUAGCGGUUCAAAGGGAGAUAUCGCUUUGGCAAGAUAUAUUGAACAAUACAUGAAAAAUAAUGGUCUACAUAAUGUUGAAAUCAACGAGUUUCAAAGCUUUAUAAACUAUCCUAAUAAGCAAGAGACAUUUCUCCGCUUAGCUGAUGGCUCAUUCAAUGCAAAUCUUUAUGAAAAGCAUAAUGAAAACAUGGAAUAUCUUGCAUAUAACCCCAAUGCGUUGAAUACGGUGGAUACAAUUUCAAGUAAAUUCCUUUAUUUACACUACGGUACCACUAAAGAUUAUGAAAACUUAAAACAACAAGGUAUUGAUCCAAAGGGGAAAAUAAUUUUGAUCAAGUACGGCGGUGAUGUUCCAGAACCAAACAAAAUUCACCUUGCAGAAACAUAUGGGGUAAAAGCAGUUGUUUUCAUCACUCCGAAAUUUGAAUCAAUGCAAGGGGACGUUAUCCAAAGAGAAAAUGUGGGAUUAACCAGGAUGGCUCCAGGUGAUAUUUUAACCCCGGGUUGGUCUUCCGAGGGUGGAUAUGUGACGCGGUUGUCCUGGGAUAAGUCAGAGACAACGCCCAAAAUACCCUCAAUACCAAUUUCCUGGAAUGAUGGCGAAGCACUAAUUCAAAAAUUGAAUAUGGGCUUUAAGUUUGAGGACGGCUUUAGCAGCGGUGAUGGAAACUCACCGGAUCUUCAACUCAAAGUUAGCAAUAUCGACAGGCCCGUGCAUCCAAUCUGGAAUGUUGUUGGAUCUAUUGACGGUCGUGAACAAGGAGAUAAAGGUAUAAUAAUUGGGAUGCAAAGAGAUUCAACGUGCUACGGAACAAUUGGGACAAACACAGGUAUUGCCGUAUUUCUCGAAAUGAUAAAAGUUUUCACCUCUUUGCAAAGGCGAUACCAAUGGACACCGUCGCGGUCAAUAUAUUUUGCUUCAUUUGAUGCCACUGAGUAUAAUUUGGCUGGAUCAACGGAAUGGAUUGAAAAUCAAAAACAAUCUUUGAGAAAAGAUGGUUACUUAUACGUAGACAUCAGUGACUUGAUUUCAGGCGAUGACCUUCAUAUAAAUAUGCACCCGUUUUUGUUUAAAUCCGUUUUUAAGGCCUUAUUUCAAGUGAAAGCGGGUGAUAAGACGCUCUUGAGCUUGGUUGAGAGAAAUAAAGCUGAAAAUAAUUUUUUGGAAAUGAAAAACUAUAUUCCAUUCAUCAAUCUUGUCAAUAUUCCUUCCUUGGAAAUAAAGUACAAAGGUCGACCUUAUCCGCGAAACUCUUGCUACGACAACUUCCAAAAUUUCGAAGAAUCUAACAUUGAUAAACAAAUGUUAAAACACGCGCAAAUGGUUGAGUUAUUGUCCAGGAUAGUGUUUGAUUUUGCAGAGAGCCCCUUGAUUCCGUAUGACUUUAAAAAUCUCGGCAACAUGUUGUUUCUGUACGUACAUGAUUUGGAAAAGUAUACAGAAACCAUUAUUGCUCCGUUAACGGUGAAACCCAUAAUGCACUUUGAUAGGUUGGAGAGGGCUGUAAAGGUUUUGAUGGAUGUCGGUGCUAAGUUUCAUAAGUGGUCUGAACAGUGGGAUGAAUAUCUUAAUCAAAAUGGAGGUUUGGAGCCACCUGUUUAUAGUAGGACCCGUUGGGCAUGGAAUGAUAACAUGGUGGACUUCAACGCCAGGUUUCUUAUACGGGAAGUUCAGCCAAAGAGGUCUGGUUAUAGGAAUAUGUUAUUUGGCAUGCCGUUUGAUGCAUCGACAACAGGUGGUGGUGAGUUUGAAUGGAAUACAUUCCCAUUUGUUAGAGGUUACUUAUCAAAACAAGAUUUCAGUCUGGCACAGAAUGAAAUCAACCGGUUAGCAUUCGCGAUAGAGGAUGCAGCUAGGAACUUCCUUAAUUUGGUUUAA